AUGUUCGACGUGCUGGCGCCGGGGAAGCUUGUCUUAACCCUGCGAUCGACACCACCCUUCGUGGCCGAGACCGCCUUCGCUUUAGCCCUGACGAUCUUGUUAGCGGCGCCGCUCAUCGUGCGCGUUCAUCGCCUCCUCCUCGACAAGCAGCUGAGGGCCCUCACGAAGACAGCCUCGUCCUCGCAUCGCCGUCGCCACGGUCGAUCGUUAUUGAUACACUUUCCGGCUCCGAUCGCCGUGGCCGACUCCACGUCGAGUUCCAGCCUGUUCCGUUCGGAAUCCGCUCGCAGGGUCAACUCCACGCCGAUCCUACGAAGCAACGGCGGUGCCCCGGGUAGCUUGAGUCGCCGCGAAACUCGAGUCGACGGGGAAAGCGGAGUUCGCGGCUCCAGGAUACGGAAAUGUCCGCCGCUGGGUCCUUCGCCCUUCGCGGACCCGCCGCGUCCGAUAGUCGACAUAUCGAGCCUCGAUUACAAGGCCCAUCGUCACAGACUGAUCGAGGCGAGCCUGAAGAAGCAGUACGACGACCUCCAGCCGCCGGGCGACGUCGUCCUGAACUCGCUGCACCUCAACUCGGCCGACUCGGUGAUCGGCGUGCGGCUCAGCAAUCGAUACGAUCACAGCCUCUUCGAUUUCGUCGAGGAGUACUACGACGUCGCCGGGGCGGCGAGCCGGGGAAACGUCGAGCGCCUUCAUCCGCUGGAUCAUUUCUUGUCGAGAGGCGCGAGGAGACCGCGGACCAGCGAGAAGGAAACGGAGACGGUUCCCGAGAGCGGCGUUGAUCCCGACAACGGUGGAAAUCGUCUUUCGGCAAACGUCGACGGCGAUCCCGCGAAACUACCCCGCGUGGACGACAAUGGGAAUCCGUGCGUUCGAGCGUCGCCACCGGACGACGUCCUCGCGACCCGGGAUCCGAGAUCGGAAGCGGCGAUCUCGAGAGGAUCGAUUCCGCCGCGAUCUCGCAGACGCGCCGGUAAAACGACACCCGGACGCAACGCGGAAGACGACUGUCCGCGAUCCGCCGAGCGGAGCUCGUCGUCGAGAAACGAUCGACCGGCGAGCCGGGAAGCGACGGCGAGACCGGGAACCGCCGCGGGUCGCUCGCGUGGGUCCAAGAAAAAAUUGGAAGACUACCCGUGCGCCGCGUCCCCGCUGUCGGGCGAACGUCGCGCGGACGGGGAGGCCGGAGGGACGUUGAAUUUUAUUUCGGUGAGCUCCAGCGAGAUUGCCAGCAUCCGCAGCGAUUCCAGUAAACGCCGGGACGACCAAGUGUCGUGCCGCUCGCGCGAGUCAUCGAUCAGCCCCAGCAGCCGCACGUCGUCGCGUCCCCCUUGGCUGUCGGGGAGCCGAGGCACCUCCUUCAACAGGAAAUACGGGAGAAAUAUCACGGAGAUUUCCGCCGCGAGGACCGCGAGACCGAUGUCGGCGCGGGGGAGACUGGCAGCCCGAGGACGUUCGAAGGAAUCCUCGGCGGGGACGCUGGGUCCAAGAGCGGCGAGCUUCGUCGCGCCGCGGGGGGAGGAAUUCACGGGGAUGACGAGCGAGGGACCGGGCGAGGAGAAUCUCGCGGCGCGGCCACGUGGGCAGCGGAGCGAGUCAAAGGAUGUCGGAGGCGCCGCGGCGGAGGCUAACGAGGAGGGACGAGCUUUGAGGACUGCCGAUUUGCCCCGCGGGGGGAAAUUUCCCGCGAGAGGAGCGACGCUGCCCGACGACGCCGCCACGUUUUUACCGUCGCCGAACGCACGGAGGAAGGCUCGCUCGCCCCGGGCCGCUUCCUCCGCCGACGCACCUGUAACUGCAAGCAAAACUUUGGCGACGAAGAAGCCGGAAUUAACGACGAGCCGACGCGGCGCCGACGGCGCGAGGGGGUGUCUGGUACCCGGGAAUAAUGCGCCGAGGCUCAGCCCCGCGCGAGAUCGGCGGGGGUGUUCGGCGAAAUUAAAUCGCGGCGGAAGGCGUCAGUUAAGAAGCGCGGAGAAUCCCUCGAAAGGCGCGUCGCUAAGCCCGCAGAUUGAAUUAUCCGGCCGAGUGUUAAACCCGGCCGACGAUACCGAUAAAUCCGCGAUCCCCGACGGCGAGGGGCCCGCGGGGCUCGCGUCGCGAAUCGAUCCGCGGGUGGAGGCCGCGAGCGGCGGGAUUCGAGCGGAAAGCGCGAGGGCGGCGAGCGGCGUGAAAUCUAAUAGCGCCGGCGACGUCGCUCGAUCGAGGGCGCCGAAAAUGAUGCGGGACCCGCGGGCGAGACUCGGCGCGAACGGCCUCGCGGAGGGCUGCGGGCCCGACGGCGCGGCCUCGCAUCCGGCGCGGCUGGAUGCAAAUUCCGCGACGGAAAGCGGAUUAAACGGCACGAAAUUGAAUACUCGAUCAAACGGCGCGGUCGACGAGAUGAGAUACGACGGAUCCCCGUCUGCGAAGUCGUCGUCCCUCGCCGCGCGCGAGUGCGGUAACGUCGCGACGGAGCCGGGAGAGACGCGGCAGGGGUUGCAGCUGCCGCGGCGCGACUCGAAGAUAGGACUCGCGAUGAAUUCCGCCCUCAAGAGGUACAUCAAGAUGCUGAAGCAGGGCCUGCUGAAUCACGGCGACAGACACGGCGUCGCCCUGGCGUCCCUGAGCCUCUCCGACGCCGUAUCCAUCCUGUCGGAGCGGAGGACGCCCCUGUCGCCCGAGGAGGUCCAGGAGCUGCAGCUCGUGCUCGACAAAAUCGAAAGAAAUCCCGAGCUGCUGUGCAAACUGUCGUGCCCCAGUAUGGAGAGCGUUGCGUGAAAAUGCACGUCUCGUCGAUACCGGCGUUAAUAUUUACAUCGCGUUUUAAUAUAAUUAUUAGUCUUUGUUGCAAAACGAUUUGCCGUUACGGUUCGUUGCGUGCUAAGCCGGGCGUAACGAAUUUUCAAAUGUAAACCCGUUUAAAUCGAAACGGUGGGAGUUUAAAACAAAACGCGGCGCCAAAUAAUUGGCAAACAGAUAAAAUCGCGAUCGAUGUUGAUAUUUCUGCCGGUUGGUUGUUAUUGUUAUUAUUGCCAAAAUGUCUAUCCGUAAUACAAACGUUAAAUGCGAUUGAAAAUGGCACGGAAUUGAUUUUGCGCGCGCGACAAAAACUCCCGCUAAAAGUCCGAUAAAAAAUUGAAAACCGACAAAGAGGCCGGCGCAAUCACGAAGGCAAUUAUGCGAUUCAGCAUAUUUACGCGGUAUCUCCCCGUUUGUAAUUUCAUAACGAU